AUGCCAUCACAAGAAGAACAAUCAUGGCAGCAAAUUCGUACGCAAUAUGGGAAAACUUGGUCGUGUUCCAGUUUACGUUCAUACGAACAACUGGACGCGGAUGCACGGUCACAGCGAAGUCACGGGACUGGAAGAGAUCCCAGUCCAUCCCCUGCGGUACAAGACGAGAAGGAACAGCCUCAAAAGACCGUAGAGACAUUAAUCUCGGACUGGUAUGUCUGGGAGGUGCUGGCAGUGCUGGUCUCAGCAGGUACCCUCGGUGCUAUGGUCGCCAUGCUCAUCCAUUUUGAUCACAAGCCCCAGCCUGCCUGGAGACUGCUGUCACUCAACUCGGUCAUUUCCUGGUUGAGUACCAUUUCGAAAGCCUGUGUUUUGUUCUCGAUCAAUGAAUGCAUCGGACAGCUGAAGUGGGUGUGGUUCGGACAAAGGCAGCAGCGCAUGGUGGAUCUCCAGUCGUUUGACACGGCCAGUCGCGGUUUCUACGGGAGCGCCGUGCUCAUUUGGAUACUAAAAGCCAGGCAUUUUGCCGUCUGGGGUAGUCUGGCUAUCAUCCUGGCACUCGCCUUCGAUCCCUUCGUCCAGAAUCUGGUUCAUUACUACCCAAACUUGGUGGCGGAUCCCUCGCAAAAGGCCUUCCUGGCAAACAGCACCAGAUAUGACACUGCCGGCUUGCUUGGUCGCGGUGCUAGCAGAGUCGAUCCCGUACUCAAAGCAAAUGUGUACAGCUCGCUCUUCAAUGCGGAUCAGAGCAAGCCAUGGACCAUUCCUCAGUACCUCUGUAGCUCGAGUAACUGCACCUGGGACCCAGUGGCAUCGUUGGGAGCUCGUGCGGUCUGCGCCAAUGUUACUGACCAUCUCAUUUCCUCAUGCCAAAAUGUCACACAUGGUUAUCGUGGGACAUGGAACUGCUCAUUAACGCUUGCAAAUAGCAGCACAACGGUAUGGUUUGUUCCGAACACAGUGAUGCGUCGUCCACUCGCAGUAAACCCGGCCGUGACUUCAGCUCUGGUAUACAAAAAUGCCACAUUUAGUCCGAUCCAGUUCAUCGCAGCGAGAGGCAUCACAAGCGAAAGAGGAGGAACAAUACCGAAGAUUGACCUCGACACUAAAUGGGAAGCAAUCGAGUGUUCCAUCGAGCCAAUAGUGCAGAGCAUCCGGGCUCGCGUGGAGGACAAUAUCUACAGCGAGGAUGUCCUCGCUACCUGGGCACAAAGCAAUCUCACAGACGGGCGCAUUUUCAAGCCCAACUGGGGCCCAGAGUUGGGAGCCUCCCCGACCCAGAACUUUUCGAUUGAUGUCAUAGCCGGCGCCGCGAUUGACGACUUUUUGAAAAGUACCUUCAACGGCGCUUUUAUUCAAGACCUCUUCGCGUCCUAUUACGCGCCUUCCAGAAUGGAUUAUGCAGGAUCGGAUGUCAUUGAAGCCCUGGCAACGGGCAACGUCAGCGGCUGCAGUCUCGACGCCGUAGACAAGUUCAACUGCAGCAUGCACAACGUGGCAGCUGCCAUCUCGAAGAGUUUCCGUGAUUCGGCGUACAUCAGUGCGGGUUCGGAUCCCAGCAAGGCGCAAAUGGCUGCUGGACGUGUGAUGAGAAGCAUGACCUAUGUCGCUGUUCAAUGGCAGUGGAUUGUCUUGCCGGUUCUGGUGUGGUUGCUUGGAGUGAUAACGCUGGUUGGUACCGUAUGGAAGACGCGGAGGGCCGGAGCUCCCAAGUGGCGGAAUGACCCUUUGCCUUUGCUGUUUCUGUACCGCGAAGAGAGGAACGAAGGAGUCUCGGACAGGGAUAUCAACCAAAGGGCGGACAGUUUGAAGGUCAAAAUGUACGAGAGUGAUCAAAAGAGGCUUCUGGGGAGCUUAUAUAAGAUUUGA